AUGGCCAUGUUUAGCCAAAACCCGGUCCUAAAUGGCCCCAACUAUUCCAUGUCCGACGUGCCCCGACAAGCUGGCGAGCCGCGCGAGCAUCGCUUCAACCCAUACACCGACAACGGCGGCUCGACGCUCGCCAUCGCCGGUGCCGACUUUAGCAUCAUCGCCGGCGACACAAGACACACAAGCGGCUACAGCAUCAACUCGCGCAUGGCGCCCAAGGUGUUCAAGAUUGGCGGCACCAACGCCUCGCAGGACGACGCCACCAUUGUGCUCUCCGUCUGCGGCUUCGCCGCCGACGGCGACGCCCUCCGCGACCGCCUCGACACCAUCUGCAAGAUUUACCGCUACCGCCACGGCAAGCCCAUGACACUCAACGCCUGCGCCAAGCGCCUGUCGACGAUUCUCUACCAGAAGCGCUUCUUCCCCUACUAUACCCACGCGCUUCUCGGCGGCCUCGACGAGGAGGGCGUGGGCGCCGUCUACUCGUACGACCCCGUCGGCAGCUACGAGCGCGAGCAGUGCCGCGCCGGCGGCGCCGCGGCCAGCCUCAUCAUGCCCUUCCUCGAUAACCAGGUCAACUUCCGCAACCAAUACGUGCCCGGGAGCGGCAUCGGACACAACUUGAAGGAGCGCCCCCACGCACCCCUCAGCCGCGUGCAGGUUGAGACGAUUAUCAAGGAUGCUUUUGACGGCGCAGCGGAGCGCCACAUCGAGGUCGGCGACUCUCUCCAGAUGCUCAUUGUCACCAAGAACGGUAUUGAGGAGGUAUUUGUGCCGCUGAAGAAGGACUAA